AGAUUGUUGUCGUCUCGAAGUUGUGGAGGACGAGGACGAGAGGUUUUAUCUUUUUCAUUUUUAUAUCUGGAUGUGAAGAGCGUCGGGAAAGAGAGUUUUUGUGAUUUAAAAAAAAAAAAACACUUUUAUUUCGACUUUUGCUAUUGUUAUUUUUGUAAGCGCUGUGACGAGCAAGGCAACAGUAAACAUGUCACGAUGGAAACCUGCGAAGACGGCUGGUCGAGAACCUGCUGCGACAUCCACUUCUGUACAUAAACCGGGUCUGUGUGACAUCGCUUACGACUCGACAGGCAAAUACAUUGUCACUUGCGGUUCGGAUGGCCAUGUGAGUGUGUGGCACGCAGGUGUGACAGGCAAGAAACACUUGGAUAUCCCUGUCUCUCAACAAAAGCGACCCAUAACUGCUGCAGUUGUCAGUCCAAAUGGCAGUUUUCUGGCAGCAGGUUCCGAAGACAAUUCUGUCAAGCUGUACACCUUUCCUGAUGGCGAGUUUUUGAGCAUUGUGACCCGAUUCAGUUUGGCGGUCCGAGCAGUUGCUUUCAACUCAACGGGAAGCAUCCUUGCUGCUGGUGGAGAUGCUGAAAGCAUCAAACUUCUAACGGUACCUGAUUGCUCGACGGUUUGUAAUUUGAAAGCGCACGAGGGUCAAGUGUGCAGCCUCGCUUUUGAUCCCAGGGAUGAUUAUCUGUUAUCCUCGGACACAAAUGGAACAAUCAUUGUUUGGGAUGUGGCAGCCGCCAAGGCCGUUCAUACUCUGCCACACGUGGCCCCUAGGACUGUCGCCACGUGGGCACUCAGGAACUGCGUUGGCUGGCAUCCUGAUGGCAGUCUGUUUGCGGUGCCAGGCUUGUCUUGCGAAGUGAUCCUCUACAAGAGGCAGACAGCUGAGGUGCACUGCAGCCUCAAGGGGGCCCAUAUGGCGGAUGUGGGGGUGAUUGCAUGGUCCCCUAAUGGGAAAUACUUAGCUUCUGCAGGGGAGGAUCACCAGGUGCUAGUCUGGCAUGUCGAUGAGCGACAGGAUUUAGGACGAUUGAGAAAUGGUGACAUGACCGUUUCCGGUUUGUCGUGGAGUCCUGAAGGCAAUGCUAUCGCUUUGAUCGAUAUGGAUGGUAAAUAUCGCAUCUGGGACCGGCCAGUUCCUGAGCAUAUGCCGUCACCUACAGAAGGUUCAUUGCCACCACCAGUAAACUCGACAGUGGAUCGGAAGAAGUUGAUGAAGUUUGAUGAGAGCAAGGAAAUGAAGAAGGGAAAGGAGGAUGAUGAGGAAGAAGAAGAGGAGGAGGAGGAGGAAGAUGAAGAAGAGGGGGAGGAGAGCAGAGAAAAUGGAAGCGAGGAGGAGGAGGAGGAGGAGGAGGACGAGGAUGAAGAAGAUAGAAUCAAAAGGAGGCAGAAGAAACAUGAUCGACAAUUCUUUGGAAAGGAUGAAGAUGACAAGCUUGAUAAGAAUGAUAGUGAUGGAAGUGAAACACGUUUUUCAAAGAAAUAUAAGUUGCCCACUAAGAAGGUGGAUUCAGAGAUUGGAGGUGGUGAGAAGAAGGUAAAGAAGGCGGAAAGAAGUACAAAGGAUGCAAAAGCCAAGGUUGGGGGACACUUCGCUUACCCUACACAACCACAGGGGCCUUUCCAACCCUGUUCGACUCACAAAGUUGAUGGGAGGAAGCGUUUCUUGGCGUACAAUCUGUUGGGGAGCAUCACCGUUAGGGAGGAGGAUGGGCAUUCUUCUGUGGAGGUGGAGUUCCAUGACACAAGCACACACACAGCACGUGUGCCAGUUAUGACGGACUACUUUGGAUUCACAAUGGCAGCUCUCAGUGACAAAGGAUGUGUGUUUGCCAAUCCAUGGAAGAGCGAGAAACAUGCCAGCACUCUGUUUUACCGGCCAUUUAACAGCUGGGCUCCACGAAGUGAGUGGACUGUGCAGUUUACUGGAGAAGAAGAGGUCAGGGCAGUGGCUAUAGGACAAUCGUGGGCUGCUGCAGCGACAAGCAUGAACUAUUUGCGAAUCUUUUCUGAGGCGGGUCUACAGAGGAACCCCCCCAGAACGGCCUUGUCCUUCAUCAGCCAAACCGGCCCCGGUAACGAAUGGGGAUUGAUGACCCUGCAUGUCUUAGAGGAGCCAGGGGCCACGGUCAGUAAGGUAUUAGAAUACGUGAUGUAUGACAUCUCUGAGCAGAAGCGGAUGUGUGGGGGUCGAGUGGCACUCAGCCCAUCUUCGAUGCUGACAUGGCUUGGCUUCACCGAAUCAGGCCUCCUGAGCACAUAUGAUUCCAAGGGAGUUCUGCGUGUCCUCUUUGACAUCUAUGGCGGAAGCUGGGUGCCAGUAUUCAGCUCUGCUGCGGAGCGGAAAAGUAAUGAGGAGGUGCAUUGGGUGGUGAGCUUGAACGAGUCACAGCUCUUCUGCAUCAUUUGCAAGUUGCCGGAGGCUCAGCCGCAGGUGAUGCCCAGGCCUGUUCUGACGGUGGUUAAGCUCACAAUACCUCUUGCACAUCUGAAUGGAGGAUCUGUUGCAUUGGAGGAGGAGUACCUUAGAAAUACCCUUGUUCUAUCUCAGUUACGAGCCCGGGUUGACAAAACUUUAGCAGAAGGAAAGGAGGACGUGGAACAAGAAAAUCGGGUUCUAAAAAUGGAAGGGGAGCAAGACAGAUGCCUGGUAAAGCAAAUGGUGGCGGCCUGCAAAGGUAUUUUACUAUGUCCCAUUUGCAAGUUGUAUUUUCUGCGGAUUUGAGCCGUGGUAAAUGGUAGAUAAAUGUUCAUGAAGCUA